AUGCGGAAGCAACUCGACCCCCGUCUUCCCAUUCUUAUCAACAACAAUGUCAAGAAGAACCAUCGCUCGUUCAUAGUCUUGGUCGGAGACAAGGGCAGGGACCAGGUUGUGAAUCUUCAUUUCCUACUUUCGCAAGCUCGUGUAUCUGCUCGGCCCUCAGUCCUAUGGUGCUACAAAAAGGAUCUUGGCUUUACGAGCCAUCGGAAAAAGCGUGAGGCCAAGAUUAAACGAGACGUUAAGCGAGGCAUCCGUGAACCAAACGACCAAGAUCCCUUCGAGAUUUUCAUCACCGUCACUGACAUACGCUACACAUACUACAAGGAAUCACAAAAGAUUCUCGGUCAGACGUACGGCAUGUGUGUGCUGCAGGACUUUGAGGCCAUCACACCCAACCUGCUCGCACGCACCAUCGAGACCGUGGAGGGCGGUGGACUCGUCGUCAUUUUGCUCAAGACCAUGAGCUCGCUGCGGCAACUGUACACCAUGACUAUGGAUGUACACGCCCGCUACCGCACGUCAGCACACGACACCGUCGUCGCGCGUUUCAACGAGCGCUUUAUCCUCUCGCUCGGCUCUUGUGACGACUGCCUGGUGCUCGACGACGAGCUGAACGUAUUGCCGAUCUCGCGGGGCAAGGAUAUUGCGCCGCUUGAGGAUACUCCGGGCAAGGGGAAAGAGGCAUCCGAGCUGAAGGAACUGCAGGACAACCUUGCGGACACGAAGCCUGUUGGCGAGCUCGUCAAGCUCGCAAAAACGGUGGACCAGGCCCAGGCACUGCUCACAUUCGUGGACGCGAUCGCGGAGAAAACGCUCUCAUCGACUGUCACGCUCACCGCAGCGCGCGGUCGUGGCAAGUCGGCGGCGCUCGGGCUCGCAAUCGCCGCGGCCCUUGCGCACGGGUACUCGAAUAUCUUCGUGACAAGUCCAAGCCCUGAGAACUUGAAGACGCUGUUCGAAUUCAUAUUCAAAGGCAUGGAUGCGCUUGGGUACGAGGAGCACCUCGAUUACGACAUCGCACAGAGCACAAAUCCGGACUUCAACAAAGCGAUCGUACGCGUGAACGUCUUCCGAGAUCACAGGCAAACCAUCCAGUACAUACAACCUCAAGACGCCCAUGUUCUAGGGCAGGCCGAGCUCGUCAUCAUCGAUGAGGCCGCAGCGAUCCCGCUCCCGCUUGUACGCAACCUCAUCGGGCCCUACCUUGUUUUCAUGGCGUCGACAAUCAACGGCUAUGAGGGCACGGGCCGAUCGCUGUCACUCAAGCUCAUCCAGCAGCUGCGCGAGAGCACACGGCCCUCGCUCACGAAGGAUGCCGCCGCCGAGGACGCCUCCGCCUCCGCGGCGAGCUCGUCGAAGAAGCCUUCGGCGAAGGCGCCGCCCAAGGCGCGUACGCUGCGGGAGAUCAAGCUCGAGACACCGAUCCGGUACGCCGCAGGAGACCAGGUCGAACGGUGGCUCAACGGUCUACUUUGUCUCGACGCCACGCUCGUGCCCAAGGCAGGCGUGCACGGCACACCGCACCCGUCGCAGUGCGAGUUGUUCUACGUAUCUCGUGACACGCUGUUCAGCUACCAUCCCGCGUCGGAAGUGUUCCUGCAGCGCAUGAUGGCGCUGUACGUCGCGAGCCACUACAAAAACCAGCCAAACGACUUGCAGUUGUUGUCUGACGCACCCGCGCACCACCUAUUUGUGCUCCUGCCUCCGAUCAAGGACGACGAGAGCCACCUGCCAGAGCCGCUCGUCGUGUUACAGGUUGCGCUGGAAGGGAACAUCAGCCGGCAAGCCAUCAUGGACGGGCUCCAUCGAGGGUUCCGCGCUGGUGGUGACAUGAUUCCUUGGCUCAUCUCGCAGCAAUUCCAAGAGAGCAAAUUCGCAUUGCUUUCCGGCGCGAGAAUCGUCCGUAUAGCGACACAUCCGGAUUACGCAAAUAUGGGAUACGGUGCUCGUGCACUACAAGCGCUGAACUCAUUCUACAGCGGAGAAUACUUUAAUCUUGACGAAACAUCGCAGCCAGAACCAUCGUAUCCAGAUCCAGCUGCGAUCGAUGAUACGAUGGAUCUUCUGACUGACAAGCCUACUGUUCGUGCUGCAACAGCCAUGCCGCCCCUGCUGCAGCGCCUAACAGAACGGAAACCUGAGACACUGGACUACCUCGGUGUAUCGUAUGGCUUGACUCCUCAGCUCCUCAGAUUUUGGAAACGAGCAGGCUAUGUACCCCUCUACGUACGACAGACGCAGAGUGAACUUACUGGAGAGCACACUUCUGUCAUGGUACGGGGAUUGAAUACCUCAACAAACAGUGAACUGGAGUGGCUGGGAGAAUUUGCCAAAGACUUCCGGCGGAGAUUCCUCUCGUUGCUCUCGUUCAAGUUCCGGGAAUUCGGCAGUGUCACUUCCUUGAGCAUACUUGAGGCUGCUAACAAUGGUGUUAAAAUCCUCGGCGAUGAUGGCACAAAAGCGCUCACACACGCCGAAAUGUCGAUCCUCCUAUCCCCCUUCGACCUCAAGAGACUCGAGUCAUACUCUAAUAACAUGCUGGACUACCAUGUCAUCCUCGACCUCUUGCCAACGGCCGCGUCUCUCUACUUUGAGAAGCGACUGGGAGACGAGGUCCAUCUCAGUGCAGUGCAGAGCUCCAUCCUGCUGGCGCUCGGUCUGCAGCGAAAAACGAUCGAAGAGGUUGAAGCAGAACUGUCGCUCCCCGUUUCACAAGCGCUUGCGCUUUUCGUCAAGGUGAUCAAGAAGUUCAGCAAGCGGCUCGUCGAUAUCCAAAAGAGUGCGAUCAGUGCCUCGAUGCCGGAGGAGCCCGCGGCAUCACGCCUCGAGUCCGGAGAAGGCGGCACGAACUGGAAGCCUGUGGAGACGAGCCUCGAGGCGGAGCUCAAGGACGCAGGCAACGAGGCGACCCGGGCGCUGCGGGAGAAGCAACGCGAGAUGAUCGACUCGCUGGACCUGAGCAAAUAUGCGAUCGACGAUUCGUCCGCCAACUGGAGCAUGGCCGAAGCACAGAUUGCGAAGCUCGCUAACGGUGGUGCGCACGGCAAGUCUACGGUCAUCAGUGUGAAGGCAACUGUCACAGGACAGAAGAGGAAGGCAGACGAUGGCGAAGAGAAGGGCGGAAAGGACAAGGAAAAGAAGGGUUCACGAAGGAGUAUGAAAAAGGCCAAGCGGUAGUGUUUAGCUCGACUGCAAUAUCUCACCUAUAAAUACUCUUCUUUUGGUUCCUGGUUUCAGCGCCC